GGUAAGCCAAGCCCGGCUCGGGCCGGCGAGAGGCGGCGGCCCGUCCCCGCCAUGUCGCUGGCCGCUCUCCUGCCCUCCCCCAGGCGCUGGGAGGCCGCGCCAUGGCGACGGCCGCCGCUGAGGGAGGGGGCGGGCCGCGCCUGCGCCCCAGCGCCGCGCUGCGUCGGGGCCGUGGCCGGAGCUUGGGACGCGGAGCGGCCGCUGCCGCCGCGGAGGAUGAGGCCGCCGCGGAGUGUGGGGCCGCCGCGCCGCCCGCCCCUUCGCCGCCCGGGCCUGCUGCUGGCGCUGGCGCUGGCGCUGUCGUGGGUCGGUGGAACGCGGGCUCAGGAAGCGUGUGAGCCUCCAGAUAGGCUGCAGUAUGCAGAGCUCGAGGACAGUUUCAAAACAACAGAGAGCUUUCCUGUCGGAACCACGGUGUCGUACAAGUGCCGGCCGGGGUAUAUGGCGAUCCCUGGAAAAUCACUUACUCGCACGUGUGAUAAAGACUUGCAGUGGUCAUCCACAGAGAAGUUCUGUAGGGAGAGAACAUGUAACCAUCCGGGAGAAUUAGAACAUGGUUUUGUUGAUGUGACAGAUCUUACAUUUGGUUCAAAAGCUACCUUUUCUUGUGCAAGUGGAUACAGAUUACGUGGUCCUGCUGAAAUUUCCUGUACAAUUGCGGGUGCAAGUGUUGCCUGGAGUGGGCCUCUUCCUUUCUGUGAAGGGAUCCCUUGUGAACCACCUCCAAGCAUAGCCAACGGGCACCACACGGAAGCAGACAGCUAUGUUUAUGAAACAGCAGUAACCUAUAAGUGUGACGAUGUACCGAAAGGCGCGGAUCCCUUCUCGCUGAUCGGGGAAGCUACUAUUGUCUGCACAUACGAUGCACAGUCCAAUGGAGUUUGGAGUGGACCACCUCCAGAAUGUAGAGUGGUCAAAUGUGAAAACCCGAAAGUUGAAAACGGAAGGAAAAAAUCUGGAUUUGCAUCUUCCUACAGCUAUAAGGACUCAGUCAUGUUUGAGUGUGAUCCAGGCUAUUACAUGACCGGAGCAAACAUAAUUACCUGUGAAGCAAAUAGCGUCUGGUCUCCUCCAAAACCAACUUGUGAAAAAAUUACUCAAGCUGUAUGUGGUGCCCCAAAGAUUGCACAUGGAGUAGCGAUUCCAGCGAAAUCUACAUAUCAAAUAGAGGAGUCUGUUCGGCUGAAGUGCCGUGCUGGCUGUACUUUUCCUGAUGGCACUGAAGAGAUGACAGUAACUUGUCAAGGCCAGGAUACGUGGAGUUCUUCACAAAACUGUGCAUGUGAGCCUGAAAGUUCUGGUUUUGCUCCAUACAUAAAAUAUGGUAGAGUAAUUGAUGGCCAGAACCGUUCAUAUUCUGUCGGGGAUUUUAUUACGAUUGAAUGUUAUGCAGGCUACACGUUACAUGGUGAAGCUCGUAUUCAGUAUAUUGGACACAACCAAUGGAAUCCUGGAGUGCCAACUUGCCAGUUAAGUCCGUAUAUUACAGCCAUCAUCUGUGUGAGUGUGAUAAUUGUGGUGUUCCUGGCAGCCUUCUGGGUCUAUAAGAAAUUCUUUUCACAAAAUGGCUCGUAUGCAGUUGAUGAGAGCUGCAAGCAAGCAUGUAUUUUAAAAACUAAUGUAGCAGCUGAGAUGGAAGAAACUGCACAAAUAAAUUAAUUGAAUCUGAAAAAGGAAACGUGACAGCACUCCAUGUACUGCCGAAUAUAAGAUCUGUAAAGCAUGAAUGACAUUUUUGGGGGUGGGAGGGAGUUUGCAGUUGAACAUACCUAUCAGAAAUGGAAAAUGAUUGCACUUGCAUUGAGUUUCUGUAGAUUAAUAUCUUGUACUAUGUUUUAUAUUACUGGUUAAUUAUAGUAUGAGAUCACUGAUAGGGUAAAAAGAAAAGAUAUAUAUAUAUAUGCUUUUCCUUAUGGGCCACUCAUUGUCUUUUCUGUGCGUGUGAAAUGGUCUUAAAGGCACAUACCUGUAGCGUGCAAGAGUGUCAGUGUCGGCGGGAGUACUGGACGUAUCACUGUCGUAGUACCAGCUGCUGCCGCCUGCUGCCUUCAGUGCUACCUGUUUUCUUACAGAAGACUAUCCAGUAUUAGCUCUGCUCACUAAAAUCCGAAUGUGCUUCUCGUGCAUUUUUGUGGUUGAGGCGGUAUAAAUGAUUAUGUUGUCUCUUGUAAUCUGAAAUGUUUUAUUAUUGAUUUCCUUAAGAGAUUGGUGCCUUUUAAGGCUAUGUCUUUUUGAAACUAUCAGAGUUUAGAUCUUCCAUACGCUACCUCUUUGUUUGCUAAGGCUGGUUUCUGUAUAUAUCUAAUUAAUUAAAAAGUGCCUUUAAAUAAGAUUUUUAUAGCUUUUCUGUUGCUUUUAAGAAGGAAAAAAGCCAUAUAUUUCUGGCUCUUUGGUAUGGUCCCAGAAAGACUGCAGUGGAUUUGUUGGAAUGGAAAACGGCAGGUUUCUGUAGCAAAGGUAUCCCCUGCCUUUGAAUUUGUUGGCCUGUUGACAGAAGUUACCAAAUUAAAGGAACUGCUGAGAAAUCGAGGGUAGCCGUCUCCAUCAGGAGCAUGGUAUAAGUUCCUUAGGCUGCUUGAUUUUUCUUGAGCCUUGAUGUCAGUUUCAGAGAUAAUCUGGCUGCUUUUCAGGAUAGAAAGUGUGCUAUAAAGAUCUGGCUUCUUUGCUUUUUCUACUUGAAAUCAUAUAUUCCACAUAGAGCAUUUCAAAUCUCUGUAUACAGACUACGAUGCUAAAUCUAGCUCUGUAACGCUAGAUUUAGCAUCAGCUCUCUGUUGAGAAACAGAAGCCUUUCCCUGUCUGACUCCCUUCUCUUCUCAUGUGAAAGGAGGAUCAAACCAGCUCAGUUGGGGGAAUGAAGGAAUGGGUGUGCUGGCAGAGGCAGUAGAUGCGGUCGCUCUUUAGAUAGCUGCAUGCUUCAUGAAGUGUUUCAGUCAAGACUGUGUCUCCAGGAGCUCCCGUCGCAGCACUUGCCACCAAUUGACUCGGAUGUGCAUUGGUAGCUGUUACUUUAAAUGCAUACUUGCUAUUUCUAAUUUCCUUAUUAAAACUAAAAGCUUAAUUAGGACAGGUUUUGGCUUUGUGAAUCUUGAGUUUGCUGUCAACAUACAGGCAGCUUACACAAACCAAUUUUCCCAGAAAAACCAAAUCGCCUCACUUCAUUUAACUAGUCUUGCUUGUCGCUGGUAGAUGUUCACGACCGUGGAGCAGUGCCUAGGUUGCUUGAAUAACAGAACUAUUUAGGGCUUUAUAGGGCUUUUUGGGACAAUCACAGCAGUUGUACUGUCAGAGUUCGUAAUAGUCUCUGGUUACUGAAAGGGGUUUUGGCUACACAGAACUACUUGCUGUUCAUUGCCUAGUUGAUACCUAGUUGGGUAAUUGUUUGUAAAUGCUAUGAUACUGUACUGGGAGUAGAGUGUGUUGGUCACUAGCUAGCUUGAUUAUGGCUUCUUCAAUGUUUUAAAUUAUUCUGAAAUGCACUAAAUGCUGAAGUGAAAUAACUGUAAAAAAAAAAUGGCCUCAUAUUUACACUUUUUCCAGAUGUAAAGAUUAGUGAUGACUUGUAAUAUUACAAAUAAAAAUGUUAAAUUAUUUAGCA